CGUGUGUUUUCAUGUCAAAAUACACUUUAACUUUGUCCACAAAGACCUUGCUACGGACUUUUGACACACAAUUUGAUCAAAAUUAGCUAAACUUUAAGUUAAUGUUUAGGCAAAUGUUAAUAUUAAGUGUCAAACAACAAAAUAACACUAACAUCAUUACAAGUGUCAAUAAAUACUAAAAAUUUCACCCAUAAUAAUAGCCUAGCUAAUAGCCAAGACCAUUUAUCCGUCAAUUAACAUGGGCUUAUUAAACACCGGGGUAUUAGCCGGUAAGACGGUGUUCAUCACGGGUGGGAGUCGUGGUAUAGGGAAAGCCAUUGCCCUGAAAGUGGCCAAAGACGGGGCAAAUGUGGUGAUAGCGGCCAAGACUGCCGACAAACACCCGAAACUCGAGGGAACCAUAUAUACGACCGCCGAGGAAGUGGAGGCCAAUGGCGGCAAAUGUCUGCCCAUUCAGUGCGACCUCAGGGACGAGGAACAGCUCAAGAGUGCCAUCCAGAAGGCUGUCCAACACUUUGGCGGUUUGGACGCACUCGUCAAUAACGCCAGUGCUAUAAGUCUGACCGGCACGGAACAGACGUCGAUGAAGAAGUACGACCUCAUGAACACCAUCAACGCGAGGGGCACUUACAUGGCCUCCAAGUACGCCAUCCCCCACCUCAAGAAGUCACCAAACCCUCACAUACUGACCCUCAGCCCACCGCUCAAUGUGGGCGCCGACAGCGUGUGGUUCACCGGGAAAUCCGUCGCCUACACCAUAGCCAAGUAUGGGAUGUCUAUGUGUGCGCUGGGAAUGGCGGCUGAGUUUCGUGGGGACGGUAUUGCGGUGAACACGCUAUGGCCGCGCACUAUCAUCUGGACGGCAGCCGUCGAGUUGGCGGCUCCCGGUGCUGAUCCUAAUGAUAUAAGGAAGGUGUGUCGCAAAGUGGACAUACAGGCAGAUGCGGCGUAUGGUAUACUCAGCAAAAACGCCCGUUCCUUCACCGGUAACUUUCUGAUCGAUGAAGAGUUUCUCAAAGGGGAAGGCAUUACGGAUUUCAAGCAAUACUCAGAAGAUCCAAGUGUUGAACCAAUGGUUAUAAUAUGA